GUGAAAAAAACCGUUCAAAAACCAAUCGACGUUCAGUGAAAUCGCACUUGGAUCAUUUUUCGUAAUUUUUUUAUAUUCUGUUGGGAGAUUUUACACUCUAUACUGUUAUAACAUAGGAUGUACAUUUGUAUCAAUAAUUGUUAUUUUUAAAAUUAACUCGUGCGAGUUUUCUUAACAACGGAGUCAAAGACUACACACAACGUGGUAUGGAUCCGUUGGCCUUUGUUCGCUGCCGCUAUUCUCAUAUGUCGUCCGUUGGUUAUCACUACUUAACGGUUUUAUAGGUAUCGUUUGUGUGAAAUUCCUCAAUAAUAUUUUUGUUUCGUUAAAUUGCCAUUCGGCUAUUUAUUAUCUUUAUAAAUUUUUGUGUUCCUAUAUCUAACGUAUAAAAUUAACAAAAUGCAAGUCGAAGACGGUUAUUUUGAAGGCAUCAACUUAAAAUUAGCUAUGGACAUAAAAAUCAAACGAACUGAUGGACGUGUGCACAAAGCUGUGGUAUCUCGAAUGAACCCAGAUACUAGGAGUAUUUCAGUUGAGUGGUUAGAAAACGGUGAAACUAAAGGGAAAGAGAUUGACUUAGAUGGAAUACUUGAAUUGAAUCCACAAUUACGUUCAAAUAUUCCUACUAUCAACAUGGUUGCUCAAAACGGUACAAAUAUACCAACUACUAGUAAAUUAGCAAGGUAUUCUACUAAAGCCUCAAUACAAGCAUUUACAAAUAAUAAAGGUUCGUUUAAAGGAUCAAAACCAGUUACUAGACAAACAAAUCAUUAUUCACCUGCAGUCAACGGAUCUGGUGAAAUGUUGUCCACUACAGUACCUUGCACCCCAUUAAAUCCACCUUCUCAAUACCAACAAAUACCUGUAUUAAAACCUGCUGAUCCUCCCCCUCAAACACAACAAUUAACUAAUUUAUAUAGUAACAACACAAAUCGUGGUAUUACUAAUAGUACAACAACAGCAGCAGCAGUAGCAGCUGCAGCAGCUAAAGAUCGUCGAAGUAAUGUUGUUAAAGAAGUAGCUAAGUUAAAAAAAAAUAGAGAAGAAAGACGGCAACGACAAGCUGAACUAAAAGAAGAAAAAGAAGCUUUAAUGAACAUGGAUCCUGGUAAUCCUAAUUGGGAAUUCCUUGCUAUGAUUCGAGAUUAUCAGUCUAAUUUAGAUUUUAAACCAUUGAGAGAUAAUGAAUUAGUAGAAGACCAUCAAAUAACUGUAUGUGUUAGAAAAAGACCUUUAAACAAAAAAGAACUCAAUCGCAAGGAAGUAGAUGUAAUUGCAAUUCCAACCAAAAAUCAGGUCAUUGUCCAUGAACCCAAAAAUAAAGUAGAUCUUACAAAAUAUUUGGAAAAUCAACACUUUCGUUUUGAUUAUGCUUUUGAUGAAACUUGCACAAAUGAAACCGUUUAUAAAUAUUCUGCUAAACCUCUAGUAAAAACUAUAUUUGAUGGAGGUAUGGCAACUUGUUUUGCCUAUGGGCAAACUGGUAGUGGUAAAACUCAUACUAUGGGUGGUGACUUCCAUGGAAAAACUCAAGACUGUAAAAAAGGCAUUUAUGCUAUGGCUGCUAAAGAUGUUUUUCGAUUUUUAAAUUCUCCCAGUUAUGGUCCGUUAAACUUAGUAGUUACUGCUAGUUUUUUUGAAAUUUACAGCGGAAAAGUUUUUGAUUUGUUGGGUGAUAAAGCUAAAUUAAGAGUACUUGAAGAUGGUAUGCAAAAAGUACAAGUAGUUGGCCUUACUGAAAAAGUUGUUACUUCUGUGGAUGAAGUAUUAAAGUUAAUUAAUGAUGGAAAUAGUGCAAGGACAUCUGGUCAGACAUCAGCUAACAGUAAUUCUUCAAGAUCACAUGCUGUCUUUCAAAUUGUAUUACGGAUACCUGGAUUAAAUCAAAUACAUGGAAAAUUUUCUUUGAUAGAUUUAGCAGGGAAUGAAAGAGGAGCUGAUACAUCAUCAGCUAAUAGACAAACACGAAUGGAAGGUGCAGAAAUUAAUAAAUCUCUUCUUGCUUUAAAAGAAUGUAUUAGAGCUUUAGGCAAAAAAGGUUCUCACUUACCAUUUAGAGCAAGUAAAUUGACACAAGUUUUAAGAGAUUCCUUUGUUGGAGAAAAUAGCAAGACCUGUAUGAUUGCAAUGAUAAGUCCAGGAUUAAGCUCUUGUGAGCAUUCUCUUAAUACGCUCCGUUAUGCAGACCGUGUUAAAGAAUUAGAUGCAUCUGAUCCAGUAGGCGGAGAAACACAAGUUCCAACAUUUUCUCCUGCAACUAAUCAUACUCCAAAUAUAUCUCGAAAUCUACAAGAUGUGAGCAUGGUUGAUGAUGAUUUAGCAGCUCUCAGGUCACUUAAUGAAGCAGAAAUAUCACCUGAUCUAUAUAAUUUCCAACAAGCUGUUUCUCAGUUGCAAGAGCAAGAAGAUGAUAUGCUAGAUAAACACAAGGCUUUAUUAGAUGCUAGUCAGAAAUGGUUACAAAAAGAUAAACAACUGUUGGGAAUAACUAGGAAUGUUGACUACGAUGUGGAUGCAUAUUCUUUACAACUACUCAAUUUAUUACAAGACAAAUUGGCUGUUACACAAGAUUUGAUGGAAAUUGUAGUUGGUUUUAGAAAGCAAUUGACAACCGAGGAGCAAUUUAGUCAAAAUAUGCGAGGUGGACACCGGUAAAAGGUUAAAUUUGUUGCCAACAAUAUUUGUUAAGGCUUUUUUUUAUUGUGAAAAGUGAAAGUAGGAAAACUAUUCAUUGAUAUAAUGAACAUUAUUGCUACGAUGUGAUUUUUUUCUUUUGGUGAUUCUACUUUUAUUGGCCUAUGAAAACUUAAACAAUGUUAGCAGCUGA